AUCUUUUGGAUUGCAGUACAAGUUCACUCGGUUCACUGUAGAUUGUAGCAGGUGGCGGUUUGUUGAAGUCGCUAUGUGCCUAGCCGCAUUGAUAUUCUUCAUACUAAACGCAGUGUCAGCGUUGUUUUCGUUUGCCUGGUUGGUCAUUUUGCCAGUGUGCGGCGUGGCUUUUGGUGCACAAGCGUUUUCGUCGCUGUCCGUGGCCGUAACAACAUCCCUGGUUGCAAGAAAAUUGAUUCCGCGCUUAAUCAAACAAUGCAUUCCGUUUCUGGAGCUCAUGGUUACAAUGUCCGCACUGGUCUUUCCGCUUGUAUACAUUCCACCUUGGGUCUGUCAAGUGAACCUUACGCUUCUGGCUCUCCUCGAUCCUUUCUUCAUCAUAAUAGAAGGGUUACAAAUGCUCAGCUUUGUUCGCUGGUGCAAUGUGAAGGCGCAAACUGGAAUCGACAACCAACCAGUGAUUUGCAAGGUUGCAGUGCUGUCCUUUGCUAUAGUCAGCUGGAUUUCUUCUCUUUUCUUGCUGCUAAGCAUUUUUCAAGGAUCUGACACAAGACUUCUGGCAGCCUUUCUCGUACUUACUGUUCUAGCUCAUGCUGCCUGUGUGUAUGUGGACUCAGGUAUCAUAAGUGAUGCGGCCUUGGUUCUUUUAAUAUCCCUGCUAUUAAUACGACUGGGCUCCUAUGAGACAAAGAUUCACGAGACCCUCUGUACAGUUGUACUGUCAAAUCACCCAGAGCCAUGGAGUGGAACGCUUCUGGGGAUGCUCUCCGCCCUGCCUAGCAUGACUGCUGGCGCCAUGUCUCGCACGCUGUCUGCGAUGGGUUCGCUGACCAGUCCUCUGUUCUGGAUCGGCGUCUUGGUGCGCGUCGUCCUCGUGGUGCCCGCUCUGCUCAGGUUGUGCUCUCUGAGGGAGGCAGGCAGCGAGGGUGCAUCGCUGGACCGGGCUGCUGCCACGGCGAUUGGCUUGGUGGCGUACACGCAGGCGCUUUGGCGCCACCUGGACGGCUGCCGCCUCCUGCACUGCACGCCAGCCAUGACGAGGCCCGCGCAGGCGCUGCUGCUCACACUGGCCUACACUGUUCAAGCGCUCUGGGAGCAGCAUGGGCGCCACGACGACUGGUGACACGGGCCGUUUGAUCGUGUCGACGAGUAGGUCAUGAUUUGCGGGGCAAUAAAGACAGACAAGUUGCUUUC